UCCAAGAGUAGGCUACAACAGAAUCUAUUAUGUCACCAGUGACUCUAAAAGAAAGCCCUGGUUCCUGACGAGAAAGGGAACCUCCUCCUUAUGAUGUUACUGUGCUUAGGGCAGGGGUCUUCCUCACAUUUUAAGUCCAUGGUCCACUAUAACCCUGUCAGUCACAUUCAGUGACAUUACUGACACCUUAUGUGAGGCGCACAGGGACACAAUCGGUCUGCAUGACCACUGAUUUCAUUGGUGGCAGUGUUAAACCUAGGCAUCCUCCUCGAGUAAACACACAAAACAAUAAAAGCGUUUUAUUUAUUAGGCUACUAGCUGACGUUUGCGAUUCGUAUUCUUGACAAACCGCAUGCGGAUGCGUGGCGUUGGGUGUGUAAAUAAUUUGAAAGUUAAAACCGCAGGAAUGCAGGAAAACAUUUAAAUAUGUCGUAUUUCACCGUUAGAUGUAAGUGCAUCGUGUAUCAGUGCCAUCCAGAGGAUUUACGCUACCACCGCCACAGCUCGCGAGAGACACGCAUGCGCAUUGUCAAAAAACAGCCGGUCUUUAAAAAAUCCUUAUGCCAACGGAUGUAAUCAAGGCAAAGAAUAUCUCUUAUCUCUGGGCAUACAUGGUGAAAUUUUGUAUUGGCUCCGUCUCAGUUGCAUCCUGUUUCCUGCAGCCCAUGGGAUCAGAGCGGAUGGAGAUGCGAAAGAGGCAGAUGUCGGUGCAACAGGAGUCGGUGGCGGGCACCACAGCACCGGCGCAGAACGAGCAGCCCAGCCAGGGGAACCGUGGCUCCAAUGCUUGCUGCUUCUGUUGGUGCUGUUGCUGCAGCUGCUCCUGUCUCACUGUUAGGAAUGAAGACAGAGAUGAGAGGAACCGGAGAGCCUCAUAUGAUUUUAAAGCAGAGGGGAAUGCAGACUUUGAGGAAAGUCUGAAACCGACUGCGGAGGAGGUCUGCUUGUGGGGUCAGUCUUUCGACAAACUGAUGCACUGCCCCGCUGGAAGAAGUGCCUUCCGGCAGUUUCUGCGCACCGAAUUCAGUGAGGAAAACAUGCUCUUCUGGUUGGCCUGCGAGGAAUUCAGUAAGGAAACCAAUAAGAGCGUCAUCGAGGAGAAGGCACGGAUAAUAUAUGAAGACUACAUCUCUAUCCUCUCACCCAAAGAGGUGAGCCUCGACUCUAGAGUUCGAGAGGUUAUAAACAGAAACAUGCUGGAGCCAACAUCCCACACAUUUGACGAUGCACAGCUCCAGAUAUUCACACUAAUGCAAAGAGACUCAUAUCCGCGAUUCAUGAACUCGAUGGUAUACAAAAACCUGCUUAAGACGGUCUCUGAGCAGUCGGUGGAAUCUUAGAUCUCUGUGAUCCCAGUCGAAUGCCCCCUCCCUAUCUUUUCGUUACCUUUUCUCGUGUAGAAUAUGUUUAAAAGGACCCCAGCAUGGGUCCUCCCAGGGAUUUUAACGCUAUAGCGAUCUGUACCUGAAAAAGACGCUCAGGUCUCCAGGUCACUGGAUUUAAAAAAAAUGUCUCAAAUUUCCUGAGGGCUCAACACCACAAGUACUGCUACAGAUCAGCAUAGCAAAAGAUGCUCCAAAGGAUUAUCAGUGUGUUUCGAUGUUUUAAGAAAAUAAUCUAUUUUAUUUGUGUUGGAAGGUUUUUUUUUUAUUGUUUUUAAUUAAUUUUUUUAUAUUAAUGUUCAAAGGAAGAUGUGAUACCAAUCGUGGGCUAUAUACAGUAGAUAUAUUUAUGAAUCUGUAUUACAGUUCUUCAAACUUU